AGUGACGACCCAGAAUCUCCCGGAACUUCCGCUAAAUUAAAUCGGAAGUAAGUACGUGGCCGCUUCAGGCAGCUCAUAUUCUGCAUGAUGGCGACAGAGGUUCAGAGCGGCGACAUCAACAAUGGCAGUUCUAGCCGGCUCGAAGUCUCCAUCGACGGCCUCACCCUCAGCCCCGAUCCAGAGGGCGAGCAGGAGCAAGUCGUUGAACCGGACCCAGUGCCCGCGGAGCAGGAGGCCGAGGACCAGAGCGCCGCCGAAGGCACGGACGAUGGGGAGGAAGGCGAGUCUGCCAAAACCACGAUAGAGAGGAAAUGGGGCUUUGGUUUGCUGGAGCUAUACGGGCUAGCCUUGAAAUUCUUCAAAGGUAUUUUAUAUUUAUUCCUAUUUAAUGAUAACAAUGUAAUGGAAUUGAAAUCGUGUUUUGGUAAUACAUGAUGUAGCUAGCUAGCUGUUUCAACCCAUUUUUUUUUUUGUGAGGUACAUUAGCUAACUAGCUAAUGUUAGCCAGCUAGCCACUUGCUUAACUAUGAUGCCUAGCUAGCUGUCAAAAUGCCACUGCAACUUGAAGCUUUUUCAUCAAUCAGAAUCUCCGAAUAAAAUGUUUUAUCUACAUGAUUGCUGGAUGUUCUUUCAGGUUGUCUCGUUGACAGAAUUGAUAUUCAGACAACGAAAGAAUAACGGCGUAGCUCUGUCUAGUCCAGAUUAGAUGAGGCAACAUUUAAUUUGACAUGUCAUGUGGUUCCUCCACGUAGCUACCAACUGCCAGUUUAACGUUACUAGUUGGUCUCUAGUGAAUGACAACCCAGUAACUAACUAGUUUGAUUGGUAUGUGGCAAACACACACCCUGUCAUUAAUACAGCUAUUCUAGCUACGGGCGAGGGGGCAGAAUUGCAUACAACUCCAAGACACAGAUUUGUAGACGUCAUUCUACUACAUAAUGCUAAUGACUCAUACAAAAUAAACAUUGCGAUCAGCAUACACACAUGUUGACACCUGUCAUUUCUGAGAUGUUGAAUUAUUAUAUUGAUUACUGAACUAAAGCAGACAAGACUAGUCAUUCAGGCAUAAUCUAAAGGACACAGCUUGCAAGCAGUUUAGUUACUUUUACUGCUUAAUUGUAGGUUGACUGCCUUCCAAUCUCCAGAAUUCACAUGCAUUAACUGCAGUUGGCUCCACAUCAAAAGAAAGUGCCUAGGUUUCCUUUAAUGGGCCAUUGAAUGCAGACUACACACACAUUUCACAGCCAAUGGAUUAGCUUGGAAAUGAGUCUGAGCCAAUGCCAACACCAUCACUUCAGAUGUACACCUUCAAUAGAGUAACAAUAAUUUGACAUUUUAAAGCACACAUGCAUGCAUUCUGCCCUGGUUCUCUGCUCCUCUGACAGGACUGAAUAGCUAAAAGCAGUGUGGCCGAAACAAGGUGGAGCUAUUGCUUACCUACACACCUACUCAAUCAUCUCAGAUCUACGCUUGUGGAGUGAACAAUGGCAUAGGGGAGGGGAUACGUUUCUGGAAUUAAAUGCAGCCUAGAUCUGUAGAGGGAAGAUAAAGAAUAUAUAGGGCUGCUGAUUAAGGAAACAUUGAAGGAGUAGCCUAUUUCUCCCACAUGGGUGUGUUCGCUAAGUUUCAAACAUCCAAUCCAUUUUUACUGCUGGAUUAUUGUGAGAGCCCUCCAGGUGAUUUUGAGCAUUGUGCAAACUGGUUCUAAAACGGGACUCAUCCUAUUAUUCAGUGAAGCUGUGCAUUGCAUGCAUUGUUAAUUUCUCCCAAAGGGCAUUGGCAAUGUAAGGAGCGUGCAUUAAAAUGGAGCAUGUUUUUCUCCCUUCUCAUUAGAUUUAGUCUAAAUUGAGGCUUCUGUCUAUGACCAAGCUCAGACAUGGCUAAGUUGCUCCUUCGCUGACUGUACACUAUAAAAGGGACAUUUAUGUAAGUCAUCAUUCGCUAGCAACAAGGUAUUCUCUCUGGAACGAGGAAAACAAAACAGAACUUUCAUUUUUAAUGACCCAUUUUAUAGAGUGCCAUUUCCAAUAUAGGCCUGAGUGUCUAGCAAUGAAUAAUCGGUUAAAUGAUCAACAGAUGACAUAUUUGCCUUGCUAGUGUAUUGCAGUAUGGAAUCUAGACCAUUAGUUUGUCCUCAGAUAAGGAUGGCAAGGCCUUCCACCCCACCUAUGAGGAGAAGCUCCGUCUGGUGGCCCUCCACAAGCAGGUGUUACUGGGGCCAUACAACCUCGACGCCUCUCCAGAGGUGGGCUUCUUUGACGUCCUGGGAAACGACCGCAGGUAACCCCCCCCCCCCCCCACCCCUCCCCAGUGUGUGUGACCGUUGAACUCCAGCAGCAGCUCCAGCCCUAGUACUGCUGCUGUGUUCCAGUAAACAGGAAAUGUGAGGGAACAGAUUGUGGAACACAACUUUUCCGUAAAUGUGCACCAAUUGAUGGCCCAUGUUGACACUCAGUGGUUGAACUCUUUACCCCUUACUGCAGACCACGUAAGCAAACCUUGGACUGAACUUUUUAUUCUUGUUAUUUGUCCUAAGUCAUUGUCCCAUUGCCACCAUCUCUCUCUCUUCCUUCUGUAGAAAAGAGUGGGCUGCUCUGGGUAACAUGGAGAAGGAGGAGGCCAUGGUGGAGUUUGUCAAGCUGUUGAACAAAUGCUGUAAUUUAUUCGCUCCCUAUGUCACCUCCCACCAAAUAGAGAAGGAGGAGCAGGAGAGGAAACGGUAAGAUGGCCAGGAGGACAAACAGACAGACAUUUCUGCCCAUGAGAGCAACAUGAUGUAAACUCUACCCUAGCCUAGGAUUUAGGGAAUUUUCUCAAGUUUGUCUUGUUUUGGUCUCUGUUUCCUUCCAUUUCACCUCAGGAGGGAGGAGGAGGAACGACAGCGCCGGGAGGAUGAAGAGCAGGAGCGACAGAGACAGGCGGAGGAGAGGCGGAGGCUCGAGGAUGAGGAGAGGCUGAAGAGGGAGGAGGAGGAAAGGAGACAGUUGGAUGAGGAGAGGCUACGGGUGGAGCAGCAGAAGUGAGUACUGUGUGUGAUGUGAUAAGUCUGAUUAUCUAGCUUCAGCUUAACCUCUAUGUACUGUGUGUAUGAAGCUUUUUAUGGUAGUCCAGUGUUUGUUGAAUGGCGCUGAGUUGAUGGUGUCCUCCAUCCUCCCCCUCCCUGUCUGCAGACAGCAGAUCAUGGCAGCGCUGAAUGCCCAGACGGCGGUGCAGUUCCAGCAGUAUGCUGCCCAGCAGUACCCAGAGAGCCCUGAGCAGCAGCUGGGUCUCAUACGCCAGCUACAGGAACAACACUACCAACAGUACAUGCAGCAGCUAUACCAGGUCCAGCUGGCUCAGCAACAGGUACACACACACAACACAAUGUCCUAUGCACUCCACAUCUCAACACAUCUGUUUCAGAUAUAAGGUAAUAAGCAGUACUAAACGAUUAGUAAGUUGUUGCUCCUUUAAGUCUCUCAUUAGAGAUGUCAACCAGUGCUUACCUUUAUUUUCAUGAAGAGAAUACAAUGUAGAGAUUAUACAGAAAUGUCUUGGUCAUGUUGUCCUCCCAGUCAUUGACCCUCCUCCUUCCCCCUAUCUCUCCCCUCCAGGCUGCCUUACAGAAGCAGCAGGAGGAUGCGGUGGUGCAGGCCACCCUGGAGGUCACCAGUGAGACUUUAGCUGCAGUGCCCCCUGCUGGAGAGGAGGUCCCCAUGCUCAACGGCCAGUCAGACUCCCACUCUGAGAGCAUAGACAAAGAGCCAGAACCCCUCGAGCCUGCCGAUGAGGUCACUGAGAAUGGGCCCAUAGGUACACGCACGCAUCGGCCAGGUACAAACACACACGUGCACACACACCGGUCAGGUAUCGUCGGCGAUCACUCGAGUCGAGUAUGAUUGUCCUCCAUGCAGUUUUCUAUUUGUGGGUCUUCAGAUGGCUAUAGAGGCCGAUCCAGGAGCUGCAUAUAUGGUGUAGUUGUGGUUGGGCCUUCCUGGUGUCUCUCCUUGCAUAGCACACACACCACAGACCAACCGGUAUAGCUGCAUUCCAACCUGUAAAUGUGAUACCUUACCCUAUGUCCUUGGGGAUCAGAAAGAGAUGAAUAGGUGUAAGGGAUACGUGAAUGACUCCACCCUAACCCUCCGAUUGGCUAAGAGGAGUUACUGCCCAUUGUGCUCUCAUUGAUACAGUUCUUUCAGGUCUCUGAGGAGGGAGUUCUCAAGGACAGAGGAGGCCAAUUUCUGGUUUGGAAUCAAGCCAUGGAAUUAAUUCAUCUGUAACAGCAGAGUAUCUCUGUCUACUCUGUUCAUGCGGGAUAGAACAAGGAGACAGUGUGCCAGUGUUGCCCUAAAGCCAUUACUGCCUCAUCUAGUUUCUUAAGAUGCCACUCUAAUGGAGAAAGGACGUUUUAUUUAAAAGUACUCAAAAGCAGAUAUAUAUUUUUUUAUUCGUCUUUUUCUGAAAAUGUCUACCUGAGAAAUGCAUGUACACGGUGCCCAAUCCGCCCAUGUUAUAUUUCCACGCCCCUCUAUCUUCCUCCCCUACUUUCCCUUCUCUCUGUCCAGCAGACUCUCCCCCGGUCAUCGCUGCUCCCUCCAUGUGGACGCGGCCCCAGAUCAAGGACUUCAAGGAGAAGAUCAGACGGGAUGUGGAUAGUGUGAUCACGGUGGGUCGUGGCGAGGUGGUGACGGUGCGCGUGCCCACCCACGAGGAGGGCUCCUACCUCUUCUGGGAGUUUGCCACGGACCACUACGACAUCGGCUUCGGAGUCCUCUUCGAGUGGACGGAUGCCACCAACGCCUCGGUCAGCGUGCACGUCAGCGAGUCAAGCGACGAAGACGAGGAUCAGGAAGGUGAGGAGGAGGAGCACUGUUAGAUAGGCUGCUUGUGUUCUAAUAGGAUGUUACUGGUUGUUUAGUGAGACCCAUGAUGCAUUUCUACUGAGAUGACUAUCCUAGUUUAAUAAAAUCAUUUAGUUAGUCCUCACUUUCUUAAUGGAGUUAUUCCUGCUUGUUUGUCAGGGCUCAUGUUCUUUUUGCAUGUUCCCCCUUAUUGUUGAUAUGUGUACGGUCCUUUCACACAUCUUGAAUGCCACCUCAGUCAUGAUGAAUAUCCAGUAGCUACAGACAGCCCUCCUGACGGUCUGUGUUCCCCCUUAUCUUCAGGGGAGCCCCCUAGGGAGGAGGAGAAGCUUAAGAAGGGGGCUGGGAAGCCCCAGGUGGAUGAGAUAGUGCCGGUGUACCGGCGGGACUGUCACGAGGAGGUCUACGCCGGCAGUCACCAAUACCCCGGCCGUGGAGUCUACCUGCUCAAGUUUGACAACUCCUACUCUCUCUGGAGGUCCAAGAGCGUCUACUACAGAGUCUACUACACCAGAUAAGCCUGGAGACAGACUACGGGAGGGGGGAGGGUGUGUGUCUGUAUGUGAAGUGAGGAGGGGGUGGUGAGAGGAUCAGUUCUGGACUAGACCACCAGAGGGCGACAAAUGCGUCAGACUCAGUUUUGAGAUGGGACUUC